AGGCGCUACUAUUUUCUAUAUCAAGAUCAUCACAUCACAUUCACAUUCACAUUCACAUUCACAUUCACAUUCACUCACUGCUACUAGAAGGUAGGUGUAGUAGUAUAUAAUAGCAGCAUAGGUAGUUGAACAUCACAAUCUUCAUUCCUCCUUCGAAACAAAAUGGAAGGAGGCGUUGACCACUUGGCUUUCGAGAGGAACAAGGCGCAGUUCGAUGUUGACGACAUGAAGAUCAUCUGGGCCGGUUCUCGUUCCGAAUUCGAGCUCUCCGAUCGGAUUUCUCGCCUCGUCGCCAGCGAUCCGGCUUUCAGAAAGGAUGACAGAACCACGCUUGGCAGAAAGGACCUAUUUAAGAACACUUUGAGAAAAACAGCUUAUGCAUGGAAAAGGAUCCUUGAGCUCCGUCUUAAUGAAAAGGAAGCUGCCAAGCUUAGGUCCUUUGUGGAUGAACCUGCUUUUACGGAUCUUCAUUGGGGAAUGUUUGUGCCGGCUAUCAAAGGACAAGGCACGGAUGAGCAGCAGCAAAAGUGGUUGCCUCUAGCUUACAAGAUGCAAAUUAUUGGUUGCUAUGCCCAAACUGAACUUGGUCAUGGAUCCAAUGUUCAAGGGCUAGAAACAACUGCAACAUUUGAUCCCAAAACAGAUGAAUUUGUUAUUCAUAGUCCCACUUUAACUUCCUCCAAAUGGUGGCCUGGUGGAUUGGGUAAGAUAUCAACGCAUGCUGUUGUGUAUGCUCGUCUAAUUACUGAUGGUCAAGAGCAAGGAGUGCAUGGUUUCAUUGUCCAGCUGCGGAGCUUGGAUGAUCACUUACCUCUUCCAGGCAUUACUGUUGGUGAUAUUGGAAUGAAAUUUGGGAGUGGAGCAUAUAAUACCAUGGAUAACGGGGUUCUAAGAUUUGACCAUGUUAGAAUUCCAAGGAAUCAAAUGUUAAUGAGGGUCUCUCAGGUAACCAGAGAAGGAAAAUAUGUGCAGUCCAAUGUUCCAAGACAAUUAGUUUAUGGUACCAUGGUAUAUGUGAGACAAGCAAUUGUGUCUGAUGCAUCGAUUGCUUUGUCACGAGCAGUUUGUAUUGCUACAAGAUAUAGUGCUGUUAGAAGACAGUUUGGAUCACAUAAUGGUGGUCUUGAGUCGCAGGUGAUUGAUUACAAGACACAGCAGGCUAGGCUCUUCCCUUUGCUAGCUUCUACUUAUGCUUUCAGGUUUGUUAGUGAGUGGCUGAGUUGGCUUUAUACGGAUGUCACACAAAGAUUACAAGCUGGAGAUUUUUCAACAUUGCCUGAGGCACAUGCAUGCACUGCUGGAUUGAAAUCAUUGACUACUUCAAUCGCUGCUGAUGGAAUUGAAGAAUGUCGUAAACUAUGUGGUGGUCAUGGUUAUCUUAAUAGCAGUGGUCUUCCUGAGCUAUUUGCAGUGUAUGUUCCUGCUUGCACUUAUGAAGGAGACAAUACUGUGCUGCUUUUACAGGUGGCAAGGCAUCUUGUGAAGACUAUUUCUCAGCUGGGCUCUGGAAAUAAGCCUGGUGGUACUACAGCUUAUUUGGCUCGAGUGGAACAAUUGAUGCAAUAUCACUCUGAUGUUAAAAAAGCUGAGGAUUGGUUGAAGCCUAAUGUAGUGGUGGCAGCAUUCGAAGCUAGGGCUGCUAGGAUGUCUGUUGCUUGUGCUCAAAAUCUUAGCAAGUUCACUAAUCCUGAAGAGGGUUUUCAAGAACUUACAGCUGAUCUAGUUGAGGCAGCAACUGCUCAUUGCCAGUUAAUCAUUGUUUCCAAAUUUAUUGAUAAGUUGCAGAAAGACAUACCUGGAAAGGGUGUGAAACAGCAAUUAGAAGUUCUUUGCAGCAUUUAUGCUUUGUCUCUUCUUCAUAAGCAUCUGGGAGAUUUUCUUUCCGCUGGCUGCAUAAAUCCACUACAAGGAUCACUUGCCAAUGAGCAGCUGAGGUCCUUGUAUUCCCAGGUUCGUCCUAAUGCAAUUGCACUUGUUGAUGCGUUUAAUUACACUGAUCACUACCUUGGUUCGGUUCUUGGGCGCUACGAUGGUAAUGUGUAUCCCAAGUUGUAUGAGGAGGCAUGGAAGGAUCCUUUGAAUGACUCAGUUAUUCCUGAUGGCUUCCAUCAGUAUGUUCAACCAAUUCUUAAGCAGCAACUGCGUAAUGCAAGACUAUAGAUGAUUUUACAAUUGGACUGGCGGCAUCUAAUAAAUUUCUCUAAUUAUUUUGAUUUUGAGGCGUCAAUAAAGUUGUAUGGAAAGAUAAAUAAAAGUGGAUCAGAGGUUUUGUUUUGAGGUCUAAAAGCAUAUUUUGAACUCAUUGACAAUUGAGGAAACUAAACCUUCCCUUUACCAUGAAAUAUUUUACUACAAGAAUAAACUCUGUUAUUACUUAUCAUCA